AUGUUGCGCCGCUGCCGCACUCUGUGGACGGCAGAUUUUCGGACCUCAGCGAAGAUAUCCGAUGAGUUCAACAAUGUCCUCAACCGCAGCGGCUGGGGGUUUGAUCACGUUGCGAUCGACAUGGGCGCCCUCGCUGGUGCGGCGGGCCGCUUGACGCGGGAUCUUAUCGGGCAGGAUCGCGAUGCAGAGACCGUCAAGGUGCUGCACCGGCAGGUAACGAAUGUUAUUUUGCGCCGCAUUCAGCCAAAAAAGUCGCUUGCAAUUUUUAUUGAUGGCAGUGAACCGCUGUGGAAGGUUCGCCACAUGCGGCUUUACCCAGGGAAAAAGUUUGAGGGAAAAUUUUACCGUAGUGCGGCCUCUCCAAUGGUGUACUUGCUGGAGGACAAGAUGCGGCAUGUUGCGGUGGACCUGCGCACGCCGCCGAAGGAGUUUGUCGUCAGUGGUGCCGCUGUUCCUGGACCGGUGGAGGGCAAAAUUUCGUCUUGGAUGCUUGAUCUCGCCUCACGCGCUUUGCCCGACGGCGCCGUCACUCCUUCCCCGCCACUCUUGUCUGGUACACCGGCGGAGGUGACCUUCAAUGACACCUUCUGCCUCAUUGGUGGGACGGAUUUGUUCCUCUCCGCCCUUGGGGCCACGCCGUUCCACAACAUUACGACAGUCACGCUUCAGCAAGGUGAAAUGAAGUCGCUCUCCAUGAGCGAGUCGCUUGAGUGGCUCGCGAUGGAUCAUCUAUUGAAGGGAGAGACGGCGACCAGCAGUGCGGAUCAGGGGACUGGGCGACAAGAACUCCAGAAGAGGCUCGCGUUGGUGCGCACGGACAUUGUUUUCUUGUAUCUGAUGGCAAACGGCAUCUCGGCCACCGACCUCAGUGGGCUGGGGGUCAACUUCAAGGAGCUGAUGGAGGCCUACACUGCCGAGGAGGCUGCUGGGGCCCAGCAGCAGCAUCUUUUUGAGGAAACGCCAAAUGACGCCUCGUUGCUGCUGUCUCCUGGUGUCCUGGAACGCGUUUUGGCGCGGGCAACCCGCAAAACAGGGGGGGCACCGAGGCCGUGUCGACAAUCCGCGGACUAUCUUGAGGUGCUCCUGCAAACUCACGCCAUGAUAUGCAGCGGUGGCAUCAGGAAUUUUCGCUGGACACCGGAGGAUAACGACACCGUCCCAGAGAAGCCUCCAAAGAUUCUGCUUGAGCGCUUUCUUGGUCAUCUUAGGUACCUCAACACAGCGGCUCGGGAAGAGGCAGGGGGGGAUCUCGCGGUCAACGCGACAACAGCAAAGGCAGAAGACCAGGGAAAGAUUCCUGCCACUGUUGUGGCGUCUGCCGACUACACCUUUGCUCUUACAGGUUUAGAAACCCUUCUUUUAAGUGCCCCUAAGCCAGAGAUGAUUGAACAAAUUAUUCCCGUCUUUACGAGAGGGCAUGCCUUGCCCGCCGGCGUCGCCGAGGACAUUGUUAACACAAAAAAUGUAUUGGCAGCGAUUGAAAAGACACGAAGCAUUCUACAGGUUGUGAAGGGCGGUAGCCUGGACGAAGGCGGCCCUGUCUUGAAGGAGCACGCCGCAUUUGAUCACCAGCCGUCCCAUUACUUUGUGCGCACGCCUGGUUUCCGCGGUCCUCCGCCGGGGUGGUCCUAUCAAAGCAUCAACCUGGGCGUUCGAGCUGCGGCGCUUGGAGUGCGGUAUCGCGCUGGCGUUGGGGCAUCCACGGUGACGUCGCGCGUCUUGGAUGGGGUGGGUGUGGCGUCGAAGAACACUCUUUUUGUGUAUACGGCCAAAGAGAAUGGCGGCUGGGGUGAGGAGCCAUGCGAAGGAAUUAGGUCCACUGAGCUAUCAACGCCAACGGAAGAGCUUUCGACGCUUCGUGUGGUAACAUGGAAUGUGCAGUUCAGUCGUCACAGUGGUGAGCGUACUCCGCUGGGUAGAGACGGUAUCGAUUGGUGCACACCAACGCGGUACGUGGCGCUCGCCAAGACGUUAGAGGCGCUUGAUGCCGACGUGAUUGGGAUGCAGGAAGUGGAGCCGGCAUGGUGGAAGUACCUCUCUGAGCAGCCAUGGGUGCGGGAGCGUUAUGCGCUGUCUUGUAAUGGAGAUAGCCAUGUCAUUCGUCCUUGGGGUGUGAUGCUGCUUGUGAGGCGUCACUUGCGCGUAGAGGGAAUGCAUCAUGCAAACGUGCCUGCCUUCGCCGGCCACACCAGUGUCAUGCCUGAAGUUACUAUUGCCGUUUCCAAAAAGGUUCCAGUGACAAUUGGGUCACUUCACCUGCUCGCCCCGUACAACAAAAACAAUGUCAACAACCGUACAACGCAGCUGGAAAACCUGACGAAGCGGAUGCGCACACGCCCCUCUCUUGCUGGUAGUUUGCCUGGAGCCAUUGUCAUGGGAGACUUUAAUGACUGUGCGAGUAAUUACUUCACGUUCCCACCCGAGAUGGGCUUCAAAGACGCCUGGUCGCUGCUUCACCCGGAGGACGACAGCAACUGUGAGGGAUACACCAUCGACGGCAAUCGCAACGCAUACGCGGGACACAUCAUUGAGCGGGAGUUCUUUGGCCGUGCCGAUCGCGUACUGUUUGCCUCCCGCCACCUGCAGCCCAUUCACACGGAGCUUGUCGGCACCACCCCUGUGCGUGGGCUGGGGAUCACGAGGCAGGUGAACUGCGACAAGGCCGUUCCAGAGUACUUGUACCCCUCCGAUCACUUUGGCCUCCUUGUCGAGUUUCAGGUGGUGUGA